AUGGUGUCCACAGAGGACACAUUUUGUAAAGAAGGUAGAAAAGAAGUGGAAGGUAAGGUUAAGAUACAGGCAGACACUCCUCAGAUAUCUGUGAGUAUAGAAGGAGUAAAGGUGGUGGGGAUAUGUGAUACAGGUGCAGAAGUGUCCGUAAUUAGUACUUUUAUUUACGAGACUUACUUGAAGAAGCAUGGCAUAAAACUACAAAGGUCAAAUGCUAAGAUAAGAUCAGUGGGAGGGAGUUUGAUCCCGUGUAGAGGUAAAGUAAUUGUUAGUUUAGAGAUGUGCGGGAUUGAAGUGGAAAAUGUAGCAUUGCUUGUGUGUGAUGAGGUAGGAGAGAAUUAUAGCUGUUUGUGGGGCAUGAAUAUUUUAUCAGAAGUGGCAGAAAUAUGGCCGGUCAUGUAUAAGUUAAGCAGAUCAGGUGUUGGUGAAGAGGAAGUGCGGGAUUACAUUGGCGAUACAAAAAGAUUGGGUCAGUUAAAUUUAGAAGAUAAUCGAGGUUUUGUAAAAUCACAGGAAGUAUUGGUAGAGCCCCUUGUGGGUUCUCAUGAAGGAUGGGUUCCAGAGGGGAUUGUGGCAUUACCAACCGUAGUGAGAAUAGAGCACGGGAAGGGCUUCGCACUAAUUGCUAAUCUUUCAGAUAAUGUUGUCAAGCUUAGACGGAACUGGCGAAUAGGCAAGAUCAGUAAAAUAGAUGAAGUGAAGGAAGUAAGAAAGGUAGAGAUUGGGGCGACAGAUAAGAAAGCAGAUGUAAUUAUAAAUCAGGACUGUUUGAAUGGGAAACAGAAAGAAAGGUUAGAUAAACUGUUGUGGGAAUUCAGUGACAUUUUUGCAGAAGAAAACGGACCAAUUGGUACUGCUACGGGGGUACAGCAUGUGAUACCGCUCAUGACGGACCAGCCUAUAAGGGUGCCAUACAGACGAAUCCCGCCGCAUCAAGUCUCGGAGGUGAAAGAUCAUAUCAAUGAGUUGUGUAAACAAGGAGUCAUAACCCCAAGCGUGAGUCCUUAUUCCGCAGCGAUAGUGGUAGUAAGAAAGAAAGACGGGUCGCUUAGACUGUGUGUCGACUACCGACAAUUGAAUAAAUACACGAUAAGGGACGCUUUUCCGCUACCGCGAAUUGAUGAAACGGUCGAGGCACUGGAGGGGGCUCGGUUUUUCUCUACGUUCGACUUGGCCGCGGGCUACCAUCAAAUUGAGGUCCACCCCAAAGAUCAACCGAAAACUGCAUUUAGCACUCCCUUUGGCCAUUACGAGUUUAAAAGAUUGCCAAUGGGACUGUCAAAUAGUCCUAGUACCUUCCAAAGAUAUAUGGAACGUAUAUUAGGAGACAAAAUUUUUCAUACCUUGUUAGUAUAUUUAGAUGAUGUCAUUGUUUUUAGUCGUACGGUGGAGGAACAUUUAAAUAGAUUGGAAGAAUUAUUUAGGCGUAUGAGGAAGUACGGUUUAAAAUUCAAGCCUAAUAAAUGCAAGUUGUUUGCAAAUAGAGUGGUUUAUUUUAGGGUAUGA